GAAGCAGAAACAAAAGUGAAAACCUUCUUUUUUAAAUUAACUGAUUCAGCUCUGCUCUCAACAGUGUGUCUUCACCUCAAACCUAAAUGAGCAUCUUCCGCAGCAUCCUAUUUCUAAUGGUCUCUGAAUCAGUGACAAUGAAAACGGUUAUGACCCUGAGAUGUUUUGUAUCCCUAAACACUACGUAGAAGAUCUGGAAAGAGUUUUCAUUCCUCACGGCCUUAUUAUGGACCGGACAGAACGCAUGGCCAGAGAUAUAGCAAAGGAAAUGGGAGGUGAUCACAUUGUUGUCCUCUGCGUGCUGAAGGGAGGUUACAAGUUCUUUGCUGACCUUUUGGACUACAUCAAGGCGCUAAAUAGGAACCAGGAAGAGUCGCUCCCAAUGACCAUUGACUUCAUCAGGUUGAAGAGCUACUGUAGUCAGCACCCUCCAGAAGCCUUCAUGUGUGUAAGCCUAGACCUCGAAUAUUGGAAGGUUGUGCAACCACGAAGCCUGGCAGAACUGAGUUCCCGUCAGUGCUGGAUCCAAACGACACAGAAUGACCAGACUGUAGAGGAGGUGAAAGUUAUUGGAGGGGAUGACCUGUGCAUGUUGGCUGGAAAGAAUGUUCUAAUAGUUGAGGACAUUAUUGAAACAGGCAGAACAAUGAGGAAACUUCUUGCCCUCCUGGAGACGUACAAGCCCCAAAUGGUCAAAGUCGCAAGGUAGCGUGCACUUCAGUAG